AUGGCGCCGAAGGAUCAACACCAUCAGUGUCCUAAGUGUCCACAAAAGUUCGCACAGUUAAUUCAACUAAAGAAUCACAUAAGGACGCACACCGGUGAGAAGCCAUUCCAGUGUAAAAUCUGUGACAAAGCGUUCCAUUCGAAACAACAUCUGAAAGUCUGUGACAAAGCGUUUCAUGUGAAAUCUAUCUUAUCUAAUCAUAUGCGUAUUCACAAACAACAACCUGAAUCAAAUUAA